CCCAUUUCAAUUUCCCGCCAGAGUUGGCGGUAAAGUCUUCAGUAAAAUGGCAGAUGAUCCCAAACAACAGCAGAAACAACACAGAAGCACUGCGAGUGUUCCUCAGAGAGAGGCUAUGAUGAGAAUGAACUAUUUGUAUCAGGCUGCUUGGGUACUUGUAUCCCAAAAUCAAGUCCAAUUAUCUCAGUUCUAUAUACGGACGAUGAAAUCUAUCAGUCAGAAACUAGUCAUCAAAUUGGAUCCUACUAUUAAGAGAACCAUAUGCAAGUCAUGUGAUGCUCUACAGGUACCAGGGAUCACUUGUACUCAUAGGAUAAGAGUUAGACCGCAGAGGCACGUGGUGAUCAAGUGUUUGAUGUGCAAGACGUAUAAAAAGUUUUUCACUAAAGACUAUGAUGGAUCAUCAACUAUAGCCAACAGCUGAUCCUCUUUGUAAACUAAGAAACACAAUAAAAACUUAUAGUUUUUGUGCGUAUGUAUAUGGUUUUAGCUGUUACUGUGCUAAUGAUUGUUGCAUUUCUAACUGCAUUAUCAUCAUUUGCAAGUAUUUGUUUCGUAUGUUAUGAGAUCACACUGUA